AUGGAGUUUCAAUAUUUGAUUUCUUUCUUGGUAUUCAUGUCCUUCCUCUUCCUUCUAGUUCAAAAAUGGAGGAAGUCGAAAACCCUACUGCCUCCAGGCCCGUGGAGGCUACCUAUUAUUGGAAGUGUGCAUCACUUGACAAGUGGACUACCACAUCGAGUUCUCAAAAACUUAUCACAAAAAUAUGGCCCCAUUAUGUACUUACAGCUCGGGGAAGUUCCCACAGUAGUUGUAUCUUCCUCACACAUGGCCAAACAAAUCCUAAAAACUCAUGACCUCGCUUUAGCAUCUAGGCCAGAAACCAUGAUGGGGAAAAUUAUUUGUUACAACUGUAAGGACAUUGCCUUUUCUCCAUAUGGUGAUUACUGGAGACAUAUGCGUAAAUUGACUGUCCUGGAGCUACUUAGUGCCAAGAUGGUCAAAUCCUUCAGCCCAAUUCGACAAGAUGAGCUCUUAAAUCUCCUAUCAUCCAUCAGAUCGAUGGACUUAGAGUCGCCAAUCAAUUUAGUAGAAAAGCUUUUAUGGUUUAUGAAUGCUGCGACAUGUAGGUCAGCAUUUGGGAACGUGUGUAAAGAUCAAACUCAGUUGAUAAAAUUGAUCCAUCAAGCACAAUCAUUAUCCGGUGGAUUCGAGUUGGCUGAUUUGUUCCCUUCGAAAAAAUUUCUACAUGGGCUUAGCGGGAUAGAAUCUAAACUAAUGAAAGCUCGUAAUAAGAUAGAUGCAAUCUUGGACAACAUUAUCAAUGUGCAUAGAGAGAAUCGUGCAAAUGGAGGAAGUUGUAAUGGUGAGUGUGGAGUUGAAGAUUUGGUUGAUGUUUUUUUAAGAGUCAUGGAGAGAGGGGAAUUUCCAGUUUCCCUAACAAAUGACAACAUCAAAGCAGUAAUUCUUGAUAUGUUCGUAGCAGGAUCUGACACAUCAUCUUCAACGGUUAUUUGGGCAUUAUCAGAAUUGAUGAGAAGUCCGAGUGUCAUGGAAAAAGCACAAGCAGAAGUGAGAGAAGUCUUUAAGAGAAAGAAAACAUGUAAUGAUGAUACUGAUCUUGAAAAGCUUAAUUACCUCAAGUUAGUAAUCAAAGAGACACUCAGGUUACAUCCUCCAACUCCUUUGCUGGUCCCGCGAGAAUGCAGGGAGGAAACACAGAUAGAUGGAUUCACUAUACCGUUGAAAAGCAAAGUCAUGGUUAAUGUGUGGGCAAUUGGAAGAGAUCCCGAGAGCUGGGAGGAUCCUGAAUGUUUUAUACCGGAGAGAUUUGAGAACAAUUCUAUUGAGUUUACUGGAAAUCAUUUUCAGUUUCUUCCCUUUGGAGCGGGAAGACGAAUGUGUCCAGGAAUACAAUUUGGUUUAGCUCUUAUUACUCUGCCGUUAGCCCAUUUGCUUUACAAUUUUGAUUGGAAACUUCCAGAAGGAAUUAAUGCAAGGGAUUUGGACAUGACUGAGGCAAAUGGAAUAUCUGCUAGAAGAGAGAAUGAUCUUUACUUGAUUGCUACUCCUUAUGUAUCUCCUCUCGAUUAACUCUGAAAUUUUGU